AUGGCUACUUUAUCCGAGCUGCAAACCGCUUUUAAUGGCAAAACGCUCGAUUUGAGUCGUGACGAGGCAAACAAAAAAUGGAUUCUCCAUUUCAACCCGACGUCCGACUAUACACUCGCGACCCUCGGCAAUGGAACCGGCAAACUUCUCUUUCGAGUCGUGCACCACGGCUCGGCAACCGACUGGGUCUUCUGCAUCCGAGUCCAGAGGGACGACGCCGAUGCGGCGAAAAAGGAGCUGAGGACAGAGAUGGAAAUCCUGCAACGGCUAGGCAAGGCCGGGGUGCCGGUGCCUGGCCCCUUCCGAGAGGGACAGCCGCCGCAUUUCGUUUCGUGCGAGGUAACCAACUUUGACGAUGAGGACCCGAAGCCCAAAAAAAGCUGGGGUUUCUUUCUCCAAUUCACCGACAUGCAACGAGGCAGCGGUCGCUUUGUCGAAAUGAAAAAAGUCGAAAACCCCACCACGGCCGAUCGAGGACAAUGGUUGCGAAUGACGAUGGAGACGGAGAAUCCCGGACCCGAGCUAAAGGAGCGGACCAAGAGGUCGCUGGGGAGGAUCCGAGAGGCGUGGAAGGCGGAGCAGUGGGGGGAUUUCCAGGCCGCGUAUGAUAGAGAGACGGGCGAGCUGAUGGUGUUUGAUCCCUACGACGUGCUGAGCAAUGCGGACCAGACGACGUCGAUCCUAGAGGAGUGGGCCAAGUAUCUAGAGUCAUGCUAG